AUGCGAGCACCGGUUUUGCGAAAAGUUAUUGACAAAAUUCUGUUCAUUUGUCAAAACACUGGAGUGUACAACACGCACCACUAUUGCUCCCAAGUAAAACUCAGUGAGCCGAGGUGGAAGGUUGAAAAACAAAAGACCCUUAACUUAUCGCCAGAAGAAAAGAAAGCCAAGUACGAUAAAAUGUCGGUCGUUACUGUGGACAUGGUUGACCCUUGGAACAAUUAUGUUAUAAGAAAUAGUACCGUAGAGAAAAGAAAGCAUACCUUAGACGAUGUAACGGAAUUUAAUAAGUUUAAAAUUGAUAACCAUCAGAACAGGAGCUUGGCCGAGAAGGUUUCUUUGUAUAAAGGCGAUAUUACACGUUUGGAGUUAGGUGCAAUUGUGAAUGCAGCUAACUCAAUGCUGAAGGCUGGUGGAGGUGUGGAUGGAGCCAUACACCGAGCAGCUGGUCCUCAUCUACAGGAAGAAUGUGAUACCCUUGGUGGAUGCCCAACAGGAGAGGCGAAGAUCACAGGAGGAUAUAACCUACCAAGUCAAUAUGUAAUCCACACAGUAGGACCUCAAGAUGCUUCACCGGCGAUGCUAAAGAAGUGUUAUGAAAACUCCUUAGCGUUUCACAAGUCACAUAAAAUAACAACUAUCGCUUUUCCCUGUAUUUCUACCGGUAUCUAUGGUUUUCCCAAUCGUCUAGCAGCCCACAUCGCACUCCGGACUACGCGCCAAUUUUUGGAACAAAAUGAUCGAAUGGAACGAGUAAUUUUUUGCACCUUCAUGCCUGUUGAUGUAGAAAUCUAUGAGACUUUGAUGCAAAUGUAUUUUCCUGUCCAUGAUUGGAAUUAUGCUGAUGAUGCUAGAACUGAGGUGUAG